GCGGGGGACUCCAUAUCCCAGCAUGCCCCGCGGCGGGCCCUGCCGGCCGCGACUCCGGGCUCGGCCCCGGCCCUAGCUCGGCGGCGGUGUAUUGGGGCGCGCGGAGGCUGCAGGCACGGUGGCGCCCGCGGGGACGGAGGAGGGAAUGAGUGAAGAGGGGCAGGGCUCCGGCACGACCACGGGCUGCGGGCUGCCCAGUAUAGAGCAAAUGCUGGCCGCCAACCCGGGCAAGACCCCGAUCAGCCUUCUGCAGGAGUAUGGGACCAGAAUAGGGAAGACGCCCGUGUACGACCUCCUCAAAGCCGAGGGCCAAGCCCACCAGCCUAAUUUCACCUUUCGGGUCACCGUCGGCGACACCAGCUGCACCGGUCAGGGCCCCAGCAAGAAGGCGGCCAAGCACAAGGCAGCUGAGGUGGCCCUCAGACACCUCAAAGGGGGGAGCAUGCUGGAGCCGGCCCUGGAGGACCACAGUUCUUUUUCUCCCCUAGAGUCUUUGCUGCCUGAGAGGGUUCCGGGUUUCACUGUUGGGACAGUCGCCGCUCCUGUCCCAUCUGCGGUCCUGACCAGGAGCCCUCCCGUGGAGAUGCAGCCCCCCGUGUCCCCUCAGCAGUCCGAGUGCAACCCCGUCGGUGCUCUGCAGGAGCUGGUGGUGCAGAAGGGCUGGCGGCUGCCGGAGUACACGGUGACCCAGGAGUCGGGGCCGGCGCACCGCAAGGAGUUCACCAUGACCUGCCGCGUGGAGCGCUUCGUUGAGAUCGGCAGUGGCACUUCCAAAAAACUGGCCAAGCGCAAUGCGGCGGCCAAGAUGCUGCUUCGAGUGCACACUGUGCCUCUGGACGCGCGGGACGGCAAUGAGGCUGAGCCCGACGAUGACCAGUUCUCCAUCGGUGUGGGCUCCCGCCUGGACGGACUGCGGCACCGGGGCCCCGGCUGCACCUGGGACUCCCUGCGCAAUUCUGUGGGCGAGAAGAUCCUGUCCCUGCGCAGCUGCCCCCUGGGCUCCCUGAGCGCUCUGGGCUCCGCCUGCUGCAGCGUCCUCAGUGAGCUGUCCGAGGAGCAGGCCUUCCAUGUCAGCUACUUGGAUAUUGAGGAGCUGAGUCUGAGCGGGCUCUGCCAGUGCCUGGUGGAACUGUCCACCCAGCCGGCCACCGUGUGCCACGGCUCUGCGACCACCCGGGAGGCGGCCCGGGGCGAGGCGGCGCGCCGGGCCCUGCAGUACCUCAAGAUCAUGGCGGGCAGCAAGUAGAGCCCCGGCCGGCCUGGACUCACAGACGCGCGCGCUGUGUCCCCCGGGUGCCCUCUGCAGGCACCAUCGCUACCUCUGACACAGACUGCCUGCCUUGAGGCUGGGCGCCAGGGGGCGAGGCGCCAGGGACCACAGCUUCAGCCGGCCGCCGGCCCGGGCCACACGCUUGUUUGGUGGUGGCGAGGAGUGGGGACGAAGCUGAGGGGCUGGGCUCUGUGUUGGAGUCCAAAUAAACGUGUUGCUCCUUGGCUCCCCGA